AUGACUUCCAGUAUCAAAAUUACGGAUAAUUCGAGGGAGCUCAAUGGACCGGUAUCCAGAGAAAAACUCAGCUCCAUUCUGAAUGAGAUCUUCAAUAAGGAUGAGCCAAUUCCUUCAUCAGUCGAGUUAGUUUUGGCUCAAUUGAAUGAGUUGUCAUCAAAACACAAAUUCAUUGUUAACGUAACGAAAUUGAACGCAAAUAACGUCAAUACAGCAGAUUUUAGCGUGGAUAGUUACAUUGGUUCUUCUUGGAACGAUAAAUCAGACGGUGCUUUCCAUUAUCAAAUACCGCUGGGCUCUGGCCAACCAGAUACCAAAAGAAUUUUGCUAGUAAGUGUAUACUGGAUACUAUUAUAG